AUGAAGUCCGUCGCAGUCCUCACAGCCAUCAUCGGCCUCGCCGCAGGCCACGGCAUCGUGACGUCCCCUCCCGCUCGACAAGUCGGCGACGCCUUCAAGACCGCCUGCGGCGAGCAGCCGUUCAACAACCAGAAGGGCGACCCCUAUGGGAACCAGCAGCAGCUCGAGCAGAACGCCGCCUCGCAGAAGGACUUCAACGCGACGUCGUGUCAGUUCUUCAUGUGCAAGGGGUACCAGCUCGCAGACAACACGGCCAACGUGCAGACGUUCACGGCGGGCCAGACCGUGCAGAUGAAGGUUGACAUCCGGGCGCCCCACACGGGCGACGCCAACGUGAGCGUGAUCGACCUGGCGACCAACACGGUCAUCGGGCAGCCCAUGAUCGAGUUCCAGAACUAUGCCAGCACGAGCACGGGCGUUGCCAAGAACAACACCGACUUUGAGAUCACGAUGCCUGACGUGGCGGGGCCGUGUGGCGAGGUCGGCAAGUGCGCGGUGCAGUGGUGGUGGGACAGCAGGGAGGCGGACCAGACCUACAUGAGCUGUAUUGACUUCACCAUGGCUUGA